AUGAUGCUCCGUGUUUGGAUUCUUCUGAGCAUCACAGCGAGUGGUUGGGCUCAACUCGCAGCCGUCUACUCUCACGCAGUGCGCUCAGAAGAUUGUAGCAACUGGAGUAGCUGGGGUCCAUGUGUGUGGCCAGAGAAAAACGGACAAGCCCGUUACCUGGAUCAAGUUUCCAAUGUUUGUCAACAGCAUUGGUUUUACAUGUUUGUCAAGAGAUACGAGAAGGCUCUGAAUAGCUUUUAUGGAUACAUGCAGUUCAUUUUGAAAUCAGAAAAACCAUGUGGACUCUGUUCCUACAAACAGAGUUGCGGAUUUGGUGGAGCCAAGAAGUGUAAUGUUAGUCCUUUCACAAUCGAUGGUGGACGUCCUAUAAUUCCAUUUUUCGUGGCUGAACGAGUAUGCUCUAUCAGAGAUCUUGGAGGAGAUAGUCAAGUAGACUCUUGCAUGGUGGAUUAUGACUUAGUAAAAGAAAACGGGGGAGAGUGUGUUCUGUGGCCUGCUGCGCGUGUAGAUUUAUCGUCAGUUGAGCCGGCUUUCCGAGCUCACGUGGAAGCGCUCAAUUGGUAUAGCUGUCUACCUCAAUCACGCAAAAUUCGAACUAUCACUAGCAAAGGCAUGAAGUAUCGAGUGGAAAAGGUGUGUCGAUGCUGUUGUUUCCCAUUCCGCCCCAACCCAUUAACUUUCAAAUGUGAGCAUGCUCCUGAGAAUCCACGCGCCCCAGGACAAGAACUUCUCAACUCGGAGCUGUAA